CAGCUUGGGAACAUUACACUUGUACUUUGCAGAGUAAUGAUAUACAGUUCACAGAUUCAAAUACAGAAAAGAGAUUAAAUCCUUAAACCUCCGACUCCAGGUUAGCGUCAGCAGAGAGUGACUUCAUUUACAUUUAUUGUCAUCAAAGUGAGGUUGGAAGUCGGAUGAACUCCCUUAAUUAUUCUUAGGUGCAUUUUGAGCAAACAAGUCUUAAUUUUUUGUCCUUAAUUCCCUCAAAAGUCUGGUGUAUCUGCAGCAGGGGUGCUACUUUUUACACAGCAACUAUUUGACUCAAAUACACCAAGCUUGAACCGACAAAUUUAACCUCCCUCCUACUAGAAAAAGCACACAGUCCUUUAGAUCCUGAAUUUAUAUACAAAUAGAUACAAAUCUGUUUAACUGGACGAGUCAAAACUAAAAUUGUCAAACAGGUUUUAAAAUAGUCCAAACAUGUAGAUACUCACGAUCUGCAGGGUGUCCAUCUCUGUGUCAGAGUGAAGCAUUAGUCUCCUCUCUGCAGCUGAGACGUUUGUCUUAGACACCUAAUUAGUUUGGUGUUUCCACCUGAAUUAGUCAUCAGUGUGAGUGAGUGUGUGUGAGCAACGUGUGUGCUGGUGUGUGUGUCUACAACUGAAGGGAGCCACAUUUUAGGAAAACCAAUACUGUCCCUUUUAAAAUCGAUCUCAAACACAGCUAAGGUGAGUAUUUAUGUGGUAUCAGACAAAAAGACAAAAAGCAGAGCCGUCAGGUUUCAGUCACACUCACAGAAAAUACUAAUUAAAACAGUUUUUACAUUUAGAGAUGACUUAAAAAAAAAAAAUCUCUCUUUAGUGUCAGUCAGUCACUCCUAACGUAUUUCUUAUUUACUUUUCUGUUUCAUCUCUUCACAUAAUUUACCCAAAAUGGUUUCAGUGACAAACAAUAAAAAACAGCUGUCUGUUGGUGCGAUAACAGGGCGCUGCUUGCUGGCUAAGGUUAGCUGACAGUUAAGGAAACAAGAUUUCACAGACAACCAAGAGACUAUCAAAUCAACACUAUUUUUUCAUGAUUUGUAGCUCUCAAUUACAGGGUGUGAACAAAUAGAUAAACUUUGUUAAACUAGGAAAGGUGUAAGGUAGAAGGUAGAGUUGUAAAUGCACAUUUUAAUGUUUAUCCUGGCUGUAGAUGAAGCAGGAGUUAAUAUUAUUAUUACACAAUAUUUUUAACGUUUAAAAAAAACAUUAAUGAUCUAUAGUUAUGAUUUCAUGAUUGUUUUAGGAAUAAUUUGAGUCGCAAAACCAUCAUCAACGAUUUGUUCAAAAGAACCGAAUCUUUUAAGUGAAUGUACUGAACCAAAUCACUUCCUUGAGUGAUUUGUUCGUUUCUUACUUCAGUUGAGCUGAAGUGAGAACAGCAUUGCAUGUCGAGCAGCUGGUGAACGAGGGAGUCCAUGCACCGACGCCUGAAUCACUUGGUGAACGAAUCACGCAUUGAACUACACUUUCUCUGGAAUCAUUUUUGUCGGACAAAACAAUGUUUUUUUAUUUAUUUAUUUUUUUUAACUGCUUCAUUGCCACCACAACAACUUGCAUACAAUAUGACACAACAUGUAACAAGUAGUGCAUUAAACCCGCAGCAUCCUAUCAUUGCAGUGGUUUGAGAUGGAACGGUCCAUGUUCAGUGUGAAUUCUUCUAACCGUUCAGUGAACGAAUCACUUACUGACCCCAAUACCAUAGGACAGUACACUUAAAACAUCAUGACUUAUAAACAACUUCAUUUCUACGAACCUGUUUGCCAAAGCAACACAGACAAACACUCUCGUCUCCGAGUCCCAGAAGCAGAAAACUGAACUGAAUCCUGAACCGUUCAGCUGUGUAUCAGUUCAGUAGGUUGGAGUCACAGGCUUCUCCUGCUUAAUGAUUAGGUGAUUUGGUGAACGAAUCUUUCGAACAGAUCUUUUUAGUGAACUGACUCUAGUGAUUCAGCACAUCUAAAAGAACUGCCGUGCCCAUCACUAUAAAGAGACAAAUGUAUUUAACAGAAUUUAAGGACAACUGUCUAAAUCCAGAGCCACACUCCAGUCCAGUAAGCGGCGGUAAUGCGCCUUUCAGCUGGAUUGCUGACCGCCAAAAAGAAAAAGACGAAGAAAAGGCCGCCCAAUCACUUCGCUUCAGUACCAAAACAAACUUCGGAACCUCUACUGAAAACAUAACUAUUUUAUUAACCACAAAAGUUCAAAAUGUUCGGGUUUUUUUCUGUCACGUUGGAGAUGUAAAGGUAAAGGUUGGUUGCUGUAAAAUAGAAAAGAAUGCUGUUAGUUUAGCAUUUAGGCUGCUGGAGGCCAACCGCACUUAAACACGAAGAAGAAGCAGUUAGGCUAACAUACCGUUAGCAACAGUCGUCGUUUACCUGCUUUCAGUUGUUUGUUUUGUUCGUUUGCUGAUGAAAGUAAGUGAGCAGCAGCAGCUCCUCUAAAAGGAAACAAAAUUUAGCGUUUUUGACGUCGAGUUAAGGAUUUUAUUGAAAGACGGAUGAGCUAGACACAAAGAUGGAGGUGGCUGCCAAAGGUGAGUGAACUUUGACACUUGUUAGUGUCUGAAAAAUAAUCAGAAUUAAACUACAGAGGUGCCAAACUCCUUUAAACUCUGUGUAACAUGUCUUAACUAUCUGUGGACGGUACCUGGAAUAACUUUUUUUUGUCUCAUCUCCUAGGAAAGGCCAAACGCAGACACCUGGAUGCAGCAGAGUGUGUUGAACUGGGACAGAGCUCAGGGGGAACUGGACCCCUCACCCAGCCCAACACCAUCAACCAGACUCGGGGUACCUGCAACCCAAACCGAGGACUUUACCCCAGGUCGCCCAGAAAGAGACCCAAGUGUGGUAAUCUCUGUUUAUCCUUCUGAUAAAGGCUUUUUAAGGAAUUAGAUUAUAUCUGUUCUUAGUUAUUGUUUGAUAGAUUAAAAGGUCUGGACUUGCUUUAAAGGGAUAUUCUGGUGUAAAAUUAAGUUAGGGUCAAACACACAGUAAUACAGAGUUAGACACCCCCUCCAGAGAUGAAUGUUGCCGACCGCUUACUUCUCUAGUUAUACCAACUUUAGUAACGACCGCACAACAACAAUACAGAGAGCCACACACUCAACCAAAACGCCACUCUAUAGCCACAAAUAAUGCUCAGAACAGCACCUAACUUCAUCAACAGGACAUAUAGGGUCCCAGCCAUAGUACUAGCCACCAAACAUCUUUUUAACUUUGCCUAAUUUCUUUAGGAAAGAGACUAAACACAACUCACCUACUUUCCUCCAGCAGCUGCUUGUUUGUACGGAGACCUCCGGGCGAGUCCAUCGACUGCAGCGGGGGGACACAGCUCAAGGAAGAACAUUUAUGACCAUUUCUUCAUGGAAAUACAAUCAGAGCGAGACGCUAAGGCAGAACAACUACCACGUCUGCAGUGCAAAAUGAUUAUUGUGGUGAUUAUCACUUCAUCCAUCCAUUUUUUACCGCUUAUUUCCGUUCCCGGGGGACGGGAGCCUAUCCCAGCAUCUUCGGGCAAAGGCAGGGGACACCCUGGACAAGUCGCCAGUUCACACCUACAGGCAAUUUGAAAGUGGCCAAUUAACCUAACCCCACUUAGGCAUGUUUUUGGAAUGUGGGAGGAAACUGGAGUACCUGGAGUAAACCUACGCAGACACAGGCGUUUCCACACAGAAACGCCCUGACACUGAUUCGAACCCAGGACCUACUUGCUGUGAGGCGACAGUGCUAACCACUACACCACUGUGCUGCCCGAUUAUUAUUUUAAGGAAAUGAUAAAGUAAUGAUCAUAAAUGUUCUUCCUUGAGCUGCGUCACCCAGCUGUAGUCUGUAAUGGACUGGCCUGAGGUCAAACAAGCGGCUGCUGGAAGAGAGUAGGUGAGUUGUGUUUAGUCUCUUGGCUAAAGAAAUCAGGCAAAAUUAAAGGAUGUUUGAUAGCUAGUACUGUCGCUAGGACCCUAUAUGUACUGUUGAUGGAGUUAGGUGCUAUAGAGUGGCUUUUUGGCUCUCUGUUUUGCUAUCUGCAGUCAUUACUGAAGUUGGUAUAACUAGAGAAGUAAGCAGUCGGCAACAUUCAUCUCUGGAGGGGGUGUCUAACUCAGUGUUAUGGUAUGUUUGACCCUAACUUAAUUUUACACUGAAAUUUCCCUUUAAUCUCUUUUUUUCUUUAACCAUCAGCGUCCACAUCAGGAAGUCCUCAGAAGAGCAUCAACAGUUUCUUCUCAGUGACAGGGGUCCUGAGAUCCAGCCCGCACAAAUCCUCUCAGCCCUGCUCUUCCACAUCCACAAACAGAACCCACACAGAACUCUUUCCCAGAGAAGAAUGGGAUGAUGAUGAUGAGGAUGAUGACGUUAGCCUUUUAGCCGCUGCAGUGGCAGUGGUACAAGAAGAAGAAGAGGAGGAUGAGAUGGACGAUGCAAGCCUGUUAGCUGCAGCGGUUAUGCUGCAGCCCGAGACGAAUCAGGUGGAUUAUUUGGAGGGAGUGACGGCGGAGAUGUUUGAGGACGAUGAGGACUUUGAUCAAGGCGACAGAAAGACUCACAGUGAAGAUGAGGUGGUGGAGGCUCUCCCUGACAAGCACUUUGGGCUCUUGGGAGAUAACAAGGUCCUGCAGGAACCUCGGGGCUGCAUGGAUGACCUUCCAGAGGAGGUGCUUAGACACGUACUGGGAUUUGUCCCUGCUCAGGACCUGUACCGCUGUGUCAUCCGGGUCUGCCACCGCUGGAAGAACAUUGUGGAGGACAUAAAGGUGAAACACAGAACUUUAUUCAGUUUGAGCGGAUGAGUUUUAGGAUCAAUUUAAAGUGUGCUCUUGUCUUCCUUUUUCUGCAGUUUGUCCCGUUUAAGAGGAAAUACUUCCGCUACGUGAUGAAAGAGAAGAAGACAGUCGUGGAGGUUUUCUCAAUCCUAAAAAACAGCAACAUAACAAAUCCGGUUUUACGAGAGUACAGCGCACGAAAUCUUGUCAUGUGAGUCCGAGUCUUUUCUUUCUUAUUGAUAUACUGGAUAUUAAAGCUCCAGUGAGGAACUUUCUGGUUGUUUCUACUUUGGUCAUGAAGGUGUUUUUGUGUGUUUUGCUCAGUUAUAUGGCGCAGUACAAGGUCGUAGAGCGAGUGAGGCCGGAGGACGUUCUGGAGCGCGUUAAGAAACAUCGUCUUUUCCCCCUGGCCGAGGCCUCCAUCAGACGGUGCAUUCCUGACAUUAAGAAGAGCUUUAACCUUGGCAUCGAGGUACGCCAUGCUAACACGAACACACAGAAGUCAUCAUAUAGAGAAGAGAAUAAAGUCUUUACAUUUCUGUCUGAUCUCCAGGGUACAAACCCCUAUGCAGCCAUGGCAGUCAUCCUGCUCCUGAACGAGGGUGUAGAAGACGUGCAGGCUUUGGUGUCCCUGCUCGCCGUCUGCAUGUCACACACCGCCAUCACUGAAUACCUUAACCACAUGGCUAUGAUGCUGCUAGCACUGAGGAGAAACAAAAUCCAGAUUAGCGACAGGUAAAAGCGGUCAGUUUCAGCUCUUGUUUACUUCUUGUCCACCUUGUUUUGAGUGUUUUCUUUCUCUCCUUACAGGUUGCAUUACAACAUCUACUACGUACUUCGUCUGAUGGAGAACGGGCCGUUUUCUGUCGACUCUGGUCAGAGCGGGUGAGGAUCAAAACACAUCUUUUUCAUUGGAAUAAUAAGAUAAAAAAGUCUCAGAAAAUCGACUCAUUUAAUGCAAAGAGUUUAUGUAGAAAUCCACCUUUUAACUGUUUUCUGUUUCAUUUUUUACCACUAGGCGGCCUCAAAUGCAGCUCACAGGUGAACAGCAGCACAUCCUCAGCCACAACAUCCAGCCUGACCACGUUGUGAAGAUCGUGGCUUUUGCAGGUAGAGAGGAAACCACUGACUCAAACCCACAUGAUUCAUAUCUGAACAAGUAAUCCAAUCAGCAUCAUAGUUGAAGUGUAGAUACAGCCUCGUAGAUGUGGAGUUAAAGUGUCAGAGUUUAAAGAUUAUCGCUUUUCGCCAUAGGUACAGGAAAGACAACCACUCUGGUGAAAUUCGCCGAGCAGCGACCGCAUCUCCGCUUCCUGUAUGUGGCCUUCAAUAAGUCAGUGGCCACUGAGGCUCAGCGCCGCUUUCCAAAAAACGUGGACUGUAAGACCGCCCACUCGUUGGCCUUCAGUGACGUGGGGAAGAAGUGAGAACCCUUCGUUCCCCCUCAGACGUUUUAAAGAGAUGUUUUUGGUUGAUAAAUAUAUGAUAACUUAUCACCCUCCUGUGAUUUUCCUCUUCGCAGUUACCAGAUUCGUCAAAAGCUGACCUUCAACCUGAAUCUACUGGCCCUCAGCUCCGUUCUUCCUCAAGGCCGCGGCGGCUUCAUCAAAGCCAAAGUGGUGGCCACGACUCUGAACACCUUCUUGGCUUCAGCGGACCCGACCAUCGAUCCCAGCCACGUCCCCCACUCCACAGUGAGCAAGACGGGCAACAAGACGGAAAUAGACCCGAGAGAAGUACCGGUAUGAACACAUUAAUGCGAGAAAUAAUCCGCAGGAGCAUGAACGUGACGAAAGCACAUUCAAGCUGUGUGUUUUUAUGUUGAAUCUUAGUAUUUUGUGGCUGAUGCACGGGUGAUCUGGAACAAAAUGAAGGAUUAUGAUGAGAAAAAAGAAAACGCUUACCACAUGACCCACGACGGUAAGCCAGCUGUUGUGAGUAAAAUCAGUUUUUGAGAGGAAAUACGAAUUUGAGCAGGAAUUCUGUUUCAUUCUCAGGUUACUUGAAGUUAUGGCAGCUCAGUGACCCUAAACCACAGCUGUCCGACCAGUACGAUGUCAUCUUCAUUGAUGAGGCCCAGGACUGCACUCCUGGUAGGGGACUGUUUCACGCUGUACUGGGUCUUAAUUUGUGAUGUUAAUUGCGUCAACUUUCAUCUUCUGUUCCUCGCAGCCAUCAUGGACGUGCUUUUGUCUCAGCGUUGCGGGAAAAUUCUGGUCGGAGAUCCUCACCAGCAGAUCUACACCUUUAGAGGAGCCGUCAACGCCCUGCAAGUCGUCGACCACACGCACAUCUACUACCUGACACAGGUAAUACAAACACAGAAGUGGGACAAACGAGUGUUACAUACGAUUUUGUGUUUACUAUGUGUAGGUCUGUAGCAGUGGCGGCUGCUGGUCUUUCAAGGAGGGGAAGCUCAUUUUUCUGGCCUACAUCAUAAUUGUAUUUGUUUAUUAGUAUGUAACAGAACAGAGUCGCCAAACACAACGGCAGUCGUUUUUAACAAAGACAAAAGUCGCUGAGGAUCGGUAAGGUCUCCGGAGCAGUUAAGAACAACGGAAUGAAUAACUAGGAAAAUGCUCUGGUAGAUGUUUUAUUCUUCAAGAUCGCUGAUUCGCUUGUUUAGCUGUCAAUCAAAAAAGGAUUUCGCCUCAGACAGCUCAUCCAAUCAUGGAUGCAGAAGCUUGGAGUCCGGGAGAAAGUCGGGACCGCCCUCUCGCCAUAGAACUCCAGUGAAGCUGGGCUUCCGAUGGGCGGGACAAAGCCCAGCAUUUAUCCAAUGAGCGUCUAGUUUCGCUGCUGGAACAACCCACUUUGAGCUUCCACAUUGAAGUCAGCAGAAGCCCAGCGUCCGGCUGUUUAAAGCGCUGAGGCGCUGCGAGGAUGAAUGAGAACGAAGUUAUGCCGGUUACCUGUAAUUAUCAGCUUCUUAUCACAGUGUCUGAACAAAAGAUGAAGGCUUUCUAGUGCGUAUUUAGUUAAUGAAAUGUACACACAGCCGUACGUAUUUCACCACUUUUUCUUUUUUUGGGGGGUGACAUUUUAAGGGAAGCCGAGCUUCCCUUGCAGUCUUAGAGCAAUCGCCACUGGUCUGUAGAUAUGUUUGCAUGUCUAAAUUUUAAACCGCUGAUGUGUUCAUCCAGAGCUUUCGGUUUGGUGCUGAGAUCGCUUAUGUGGGCGCCACCAUCCUCAAAGUUUGCAAAGGGGUGAAGAAGAUCUUAGUGGGAGGAAGACAGAAAGGUAAACAUCACCAUAUGCAUCAAAGGUGAUUAAAAUCGAUACGUAAUCUUAAUGAGAUGUUGUGUUCCUGCAUCCUGUAGGCGGUGUGUGUGACGAGACCGCAGAACAAGCGGCGGCAGCUAUAAGACAGGCCGUCAGUCAUUCUCCGGGGCAGACUGCCAUCCUGUCGAGAUGUAACCUCAGCGUGUUUAACGAAGCCGUCCGACUCAUUGAUGCCAACCAGCAGUGCCGUCUCCACUUCGUAGGAGUGAGUGUUUGUUUACAGACUCUAUUUGUGCUUGAACCUCCUAAGACCUGGCGUCCACAUGUGUGGACAUCACACUUUUGGUUGUCAGGAACACAAUAUUAAAUUUUGUUCACAAGGGCCUUCUCUCAAAAUUUAAAACGAAUGUCCUCAUAUGUGGACAUCAUUUUUCUCAGAAACUACAUCAUGUAAAAAGAUCAUUCUUUGUUUUUACACUCAUCAGGUCCCAUUUAGCCUAAUAUAUAUUAUAAUAUAAUAUAUAUAUAUAUAUUGGCUGAUUAUAGUAAGCAAGCAAAAAUAUCAAAGCUCUUGUUUCCGAGUCCGUACACUGCGACAGGGUUUAGAACAGGGUUUUGGUGAGCUGUGCUACAUAUCUCCCUUCUCCUUCAGGGGGUCCAAAGUAUCGGCCUGAACAAGAUCCUGGACAUCUGGCAGCUGAUCGAAGGGGCAAAGGACGCCUCCCAAAAGAAAGGGCAGCGACCACGAUGUGAGAAUUACAAAACUAACUCUCAAGUUAUUUUUUUAUUCGUCUCGUUUAGAAACACCUUUUCUCUGACACACAACAUUUUCUCCGUCCUCAGACAUCAAGGACCCUCUAAUCCGCUACUUUGCAAAAAAGAAAGACACUAAUGGCCUCUGGGCUUUGAGGACAUUCGCCAAGCAGACUGACGACAAGGAGCUGGACUCCAAACUCAGCAUUGUUGAAAAAUACAAAAGUCGAUUCCCAGAGCUGGUGAACCGUCUGGAACAGUGCCACGAACAAGACUUUACCAAAGCAGGUGAGGAAAAAUAAGGAGUUUGUGAAUUCUUAGAUUAUAACAUAGAAAAUUAAUGCAAUAUUGUGCUUAAGGACUUAUUCAAACACCUCUCCCAGAAACAGAUCUAUUAUCAGUUAACUACAAUAGAUCCCAAACUCUGCCGCUCGCCUCCUCCACACAUCCCUCCAGUCCUCCAAAACCUCCAUCUGCUCCUUGUUCACCAAUGCGUUCAGUUUAAAACCCCUCACAGCCUCCAUAAUCAGGACCCCUCCUACAUCACUGAUCUGCUCCACCCCUACGCUCCUUACACACCUUCUCCCUCCGGCUCUGAGGACCAAGAACCAAACCCGAGGAGGACCGGGCUUUCUCCCUCCCCAAACAAAUCCAGGACUACACUGACAUAUCAAAGUCCAAAUCCUUCAUCAAAAUCCACUUGUUCUAUUUACUAUGGUGUCUUCUUCCUUGUUAAGUAUCUUUGACACAAUGUAAACAUUUUUUUAGAAAUUUUCUGGAUUUUUAAAAAACAUCUAUGGAGAAUUAUGUAUUUACCGCUCCUCCUAAAACUUCCCGUCCUUUUGUUACCAUGCCACAUUCACUGUCAGUAAAUGUGAGGGGGUGUGGAGUUUCAGUGGAAUUUCCAAACUCUUACAUCCUCUUUUUUUUUUUUUUUUCCUGGCCCCGGGACAGAAGUGUGUAGUUGUUUCUCAGCGGUUUCUCUCGGUUUGAUGUCACUCUGUCAGCUGCUCUUCUUACUCAUCCACAGCAGCUGUCAGUCAUUCAAGGUCACAGAAAAACAGUCGUUUUUUUUCUUAACAGACAUUCAAGAUAACAGUAUGAAAACUGCACAUGUCGUCGAUGAUGACCUUGUUUGUCAUAAAUGGGAAUAAAGUAGAAUUUCAGUCUGUUUCAUAACUGUUAAAAAACUUGUUACGGGAGUUUUCACAGAAUCACAGGUUUGUUUAUUAUCGGCUAAUGUGCACUGGUAUCUUAGAAAGACGUUAGGAGGAUACUUGGAUGAAUGUUUGGCCUGCUUUUGCUUGAUGUGACAGAGAUAAUUGUACGGCAGUAGCUUCCUGGUGUUAAAAUGAGGCAACAAGGAGUGUCCCGAUCAGAUAUUGAUAUCGGAUAUCAGCAAAAAAACAAAUAUCGGAUUACAUCUGCCUGCAUCUAAAAUUUCCAAUAUCAGCAUUCCGAUACAAGCAGUCCAUUCCAGACUCCACUCCGGCAUCUCUAUCUCGCAGCACCCUGAUCCAGCAAGCUGAGGCCACAAAAUCACAACAACAGUGUGAGCUAAGGUACGAACAAAGCAACAAGGAGUAAGAGUGAUGUUGGCCUUGUGACAGUAUUUUUUGUUUAAGUCUGAAAAAGACGUGGCAGCUGAGUGAAAAACUUGUCACGCGCAAUUUUGUGCCGAUAUCAGUAUCAUAUAUCAGUUGGGGACACCCCUGGAGGCAGCUUAAGAAAAGGGAAUCUGUCAUCUGUUGUCUUGUCCUGAUGUGUCCUGUUUCAUUCCAGACUUCAUCCUGGGAACGGUCCACAAAGCCAAAGGUCUAGAGUUUGACACCGUAAUGGUCACCGAUGACUUUGCCAAGAUUCCCUCCUCCAGACACCAUCUGCACACAGUUUGUGAAGACUUCUCCUUCGGUGGGUCCACAUCCGUCAGCAGACCCUCUCACUCUGUCCCGUACAGGAGGAGCUCAAAGCUGUUAGACGUAGUUCCUCAAAGUGCUCUGAAAAGUUAAAAAAAGUCCUGCUCUGUAACUUUUUUAAGGUGUUUUAUGGAUAAAUCUGAAUCUGUAAAUAAACCGAGAAGCCCUGAGGAGAAAUUUUAGAUAAGCAGCCAGUGUUUGACUCUCGAUUACUUCUCUCUCCUGCUCAGAUCAGUUUCCUGACGAUGAGUGGAACCUGCUUUACGUGGCGGUGACUCGUGCCAGAACCUCACUGAUCAUCACAAACAACAUCCGCCGCAUCCUCACAAUGGCAGGGGUAAGACGUUAUCGAUUUAAGUCUCUCACUCUUUCACAGUAAGGAUAUCUGCAUGAAUAUACAUCUACGACAGAGAGUUGGAGAGUUUGUUCUGCUUCAUCAAGACUUGUAGCUGCCUGCUCUCAAAUCCCUUAUCUUGAACUUCUUUUUCUGAACAUCCGUGUUUCACUUCUAGUCCUUCAAACUCUACAUUUUUGAUCUUGAUGUGCAAAACACAGAGUCAGUUUUACUUAUAGUUUAGCCUAUUAUGUAACAUACAAUUGACCCUUAUUAUAGGCAGUAUCUGUUGAGCACAUGUGGUGAAUUGAGUCCAGUUCAGGCGGCAGCAUCAAAAGGACAGUAAGAUUCAAAAGCUUGCAGCCAACAGAUCAGAGAGUGUUUGAAGCUUCAGAUCAAAUAACUAUAGAGGGAGUCAUGAGCUCAUUCUUGUCUGAAUUGUGGCUUUUCUCUGUUGUGCACGGUAGGAGGAAAUUGCUUUAAUAGAGGAGGGAAAAAAACCUGCAUUGUUUUUGUACCCACAGUUAGUGGGAUGGAAGUGCUGCUCUGUUAUCUCUUGGAUGCACCGCUGGGAAUAAGCUCCUCUCUGUCCCUCCAUUAUUGUCUGAGCUCUGCAAGCUUAGAGUGCCGGCUGCAACUUAUCAAUCAGCUUAAUGAGGAGCCGUGGUUAUGAGUUUGAUAUUCAGUUUUUAUGUUGAGUGCUUUUCUACGCAUGUAACAUUUUUAAACUCGCCUACAUUAUUAUUACUAACUGCACUGUUACAAACUAAAGCAGAUGAGGACCACAAAUGAAUUUUGUGAACUCAUCAAUGAGUUCUGAUGUACAACUUUUUUUCUCAUCCUAGAAUUCUGGGAAAAAGUGAAAAUUUUAGAAAAAGCAACAUUUUGUGAGGAAAUAGUCAGAAUUCUAACUUUGAGCCCAUAAUUUUGAUUUUAAAGUCAGACUUUUUUAAAAGAGACUGGAUUUUAAUCUCUUGAAUCUCUGAAGUCUGAAUUUGAUGUAUUUAAUUUCAAAAUUUGUAGAACAAUUUUUAGACUGUAAUUCCAAAAUAACUGUUUUUUUUAAUUUUUAUUUAAGUUCUAACUAUAGAUUCAUCUAAAAAAGUUUGACUUAAGAGGAAAAAACUGAAUUUGUAAAUGAAAUUCUUUAAUCUAAAAAUUCAAUAUUUCUAGAAAUUUGAGUGUUGGAUUAAGGUUUAUAUUCUGAUUUUAAACUCGUUUUUUUCUGUGAGGAAAUAUUGAAUGUGGAGAAAAAGCCUGAAUUUUGACUUAAUGUCAGAUUUUUAUGAAAAAAGAAUGGAAUCUCUUAAUCUUAAAAAUCUGAUAAAAAGGUCCGAAUUAUGGCUUUAAUCUUAAUUUAGAAAAAAAUGUCUGAAUUAUAUCCUUGAUAUCAAUGUAACCAGAAAAAGGAACAUUUUUGUCUUUUGUAAAAUAAUCUGAAUUUACACUAUUUAAUCCAAAAAAUUCUGAGAAAAAAUUCUGAAAUUUGACUCUAAUCCCAGAAAAUUGAGAAGUUAUAAGAGUUCAAAGAACUUUUUACCUCAUUGUCAAUUUUAUUUAUCUAUUUAGUUAUUUAUUUUGUGGCCACUUUUUAACAUAUCUGUUUGUAUUGUUUUUUUUUCAUCUUUACUUACUACCACCACUGACUCUCAUCUGCAUACCUGUUUGCACCUCACCAGGUUACCUUGAUUAUGUUGAGUAUAUUUUAGGUAACGCUGAUAAUAUUUUUGCAGAUUUAUGACAAACAACUAAGAACAGAACAGUGAAAUGUGAUCAAACUCUCAGUUUUGAUGUAUAACUAACCAGAGUCUUGAUCUUUUCCUCUCUUCCUUUCAUCCAGGAAUAUUUCCUAAAGUCAGACAUGCCUGCGUCGUUAAUGAAAACAGGCGAUCCUCUCCCAUGCAGCGUGACACAGUGUCCAAACUGCACCACGCCUGGAUCAGCAUUCAUCAUGAGCAAACGGGAGUUGAAAUGUGUAAGAAAAUAUUAAACAUGUCGAGUUACUCUGCCUGCAAAGCUGUAAUCCAGAUUGAUGAGCUGUACUAUCAGAGUACGGUGUGUUUUAUUGCCCAGAGUAUCAGCAGUUCAAUCUAAAUAUCGUUUUGUGACGGUUGUGCUGUAAAUCUUGAAGGGUUAGUUUAUUUCAGCUGAAGAUAUAAACACACAUGAGCUGUAAAAGCCUCAGACUCGUUUCCUCUGAGGUUUCUAACUCUUCCUCGUUUGUCUCCGUCCAGACUGACUGUGUAUCUGCUGGCGGUCCUUUGUGCGAGAGGUGUGUGUGGACGCGAAGCGGACCCAUCGCCUACCUAAUGAACGAUGGCGUGCUCUCCAUGGCUGAAAUCCCGCAGAGACUCGGUGUCCAGGUCCACCACCUGAUGCUCCUGGGACUUUUCUGAACCUAAAUACAGCGGAGGACCUUCAGCUGAUCUGACAAACUCUGAGGAGGAUGUGAACUGAACCUUAUGAGAGAAUGAAAAGAACACGAUUGUUGUCUUAUAUUUUUACGUGAUUCUAAAUCAUUUGUACGUUUUGAUAAAAAAUAUAAUGCGGUGCUGUCAUUGGAACUAAAAAGUCUCUUAACCUUUAACAACUACUAACAACCAGAAACCAGAUUUACAGACCCGAGGUUUACCCGGAGAGCGCUGUUUGAACGUGUGAAAUUGCUGUGUAUUAAAAUAUGAUGGCAGAACUGCUGGCUGGCCUGACCUUAAGUGGGACCUUAUGAUUUCCAUGAUGCUGAAAACACAGGAGGAAUCAGGGUUUUUGACAAUAUGAAUGUAAAACACAGAUUAUUCUGCAAUUUGCUGAAAAAUGAAUGCUACUCAGUAAUUAAAAAAAUUUAUGUAUUAUUAAGGUCUCAAUUAUGAGAUAGUGAGUGAUAAUUACAAGGUAAAAAGUCAAAGCAUAAGAGAAAGAUUAAAAUUAUAGGAUAAAAAGUCAAAAUAAUUAUGAAAAUAGUCAAAAAUAAGAGAGUGAGUCAAUUUUGAGAUGAAACCAAUUUGAAUUGAUUUAUUAUUAUGAGAUAAAUUGUCAAAAUAAUAAGAUUGUGAGCUGUAAUUAAAAGGUCAAAGCAUUAGGAAAAGGUCAAAAUUAUGAGUCUGAAAACAAUCUGAAAACAAAAGUCAAAAUUGUUAGAGAGCGAUAAGAUAAAAAGUCAACGAUUUUUAGAUGGUCAUAAUGAAAAGAAAUUAAAGAAGUAUGAAAAAGUGAAUUAUAAUUUUAAGAAAUAGAGGUGAAAAGUGAGGGGGAAAAAAUCAAUUUUUAUGAAACAUGUUGGGGAAAAAAAGUCAUUUUUUUUGUUUUUACACAAAAGUCAUAAUUGAGAUCGAAAGUUACAAUUCUGAGAUAUGAAUCUGAAAAGAGAGGUCAAAAUUUAAAGCAAUAAGAUAAAAAGAACAAUUUUUAUAUGGUCGUAAUUAUAAAAAAUAAAAGAAUUAUGAAAAAGUUAAUCAUCAUUUUCAGAAAUAGAGGGGGAAAGUCAAAUUUUUAUUAAACAAAUAGGAAAAAAUGUCAUUUUUUAAAUUCUACAUAAAAGUUAUUAUUCGGGAUUGAAAGUUAAAAUUACGACGUGAAUUCAAAUUAUGAGAUCGAUCAAAAUUAUUAAACAUUAUGAGCCAUAAUUAAAAGGUAAAUUUGUAAAAGUACUGGUGAAAAGUCAUAAAUUUUGAGAUAAAAUUCAUGGUUAUUAGAUCAAAAGUCAAAAUGACACGAUAGUAAAUCAGAAGUCAAUAUUUUGAGAAAGUUGUUAUCAUGAGGAAUAAAAGUCAAAAUAACACGAAAAAAGAAGUUUGAGAAAGUGAAUCAUGAUAUUGAGAGAGUAUAAAACUUGAACCGAUGGGACAAAAGUUCAAAUAUUUGAGAAAAAAGUCAUAUUUUUUUAGCUCCUCCACUCCUUGUAAAACUCCCCUAAACUUCUUGAAUCUGCUUUGUUUGACAGUCCUCUCAGUCUCACGGCGCUGACGUUCCCCCACAUUGCGCCAGACAAACACUGAGGACUGGCUAAGGUCAGUUUGAGUUCUCGCUGCCAAACAUCUGCUCCUGAUCAACACCGUCCUUCUGGAAAAAUCUUUUGUGAGGAUUUACUGUCACAUUGAGAAAAACUCCAGCAAAAACAAAAACACUUUUUUGACUCUGAGCGCCAACACGUGUUUCCUGAUUUUUACAAACGACCCCCCUGUGCAUGAGCAGCUGUGUGUCCAAGUGUCUGAGGUUAAACGGGAAGUCUCAUGUCUGGGAGAAAUAGAGAAGUCAAACAAAAACAAAGUGACAGAGGAAGGAGAAAAGGAGUCAGGAAAACACUCAAGAUGAGAAACAAUAUGACUCAAGAUAGCUGUGUGAUGCUAACGUAAUGAGACUGUGCAGACGUGGGAAUAUUCAAGACAUCAAGCAGUCAGAUUUUACAUCAAAAUCCUCUGUGUGAGAAGACGGUAGAAGAAGCUCCUGUGAUGUUUGAUAACCUCCAACCAUUAAGUGCAAAUCCUCUGAUUAAAAACAACCGCUCUCUUCUUCUCUGAUUUCCUGUCUGUUAUCACUUAGUCUUGGAUUUUACUCGUUUGGACACUCCCUUGUCUUUGCUGUUUCCCUUUUCUUGUAUAUGUUUCCUCCUUUAGUUUAUGAUUUGAUUUCCUGGUUUUGAGCGUUGGGCGAUUAAGUGCCUGAGAACUCAUCAUUCAGAUUAUGAUAGGGGUCAGUUUGAGCUAUCAGUCUCUCUGCAGAACGGGAAAACACCCGACCUGAAGAUGUAAACACUGUGAACAUCAUGAGUGUGUUGUAGGUGAUUGUAGGAAUCAUGAGGAGGAGAGAGGAUCUGACUGCAGUGUGUUACUACUGAUAAUAGUCUGUCACUUUUUAAGUUAAAGAUCAGGGGUGAAAGUAGGAUAAGGUACUGUACCUGUAGGAUUUGUACAAGAGGAGCACAACCAAGUUUAACAAAGUGCCGACUCUGAUGCCACAGUAUCAUCAUCUGCUGCAUCUUUCUUUCUCUUGAACAAAAAAUCAAAUUUUCUCUGCAUUUUGUUUAAUUUCUGCAUUAAGAUUGAAGCAACUGUCUCUUUAAAACUUCCCUCCUUCCACAAAAGGUGGGAGGCAUUCCCCAGCAAAGCAGCCAUUUACUUAUCAUAAAAAAAUUACACUAUAACCAUGGUCAAUCUCGUCACUGAUGGUCUUGUUUGCUUUUUUAAGUCAUAAAAAGACAUCAAGAUGAAUUUCAGCUUACUGAAUCAAAGUCCACAAACUCCUCACAGGAGCUUUAAGUAGAUAAAAGAUCUUGCUUUGGGUAUCUACUUCCAGUUUAUCUAUAAAUAAAUAUAAGGUUUACAUUAUGACUGGAGGCAAACUCACUUCCUCCAUCAAUCAGUGCAGUCUUGUACUCUUCUCUAAAACUCAGCAGACAAACUUUUUCAAGGAUAAAUCCCACUAAUAAUUGACAAAGUACAAUAUUUAAUGUGACGUGGGUUUAGGUGAACCUUAGGACAAGGCUGGACAAACAUAUGCUGAUAAAUUUAUUUAUCAUUGAACAUAGCUAUUCCGGUAACCAGGCCAAUGUUUGCUAACGCUUCAGCAAACAUGCCCUUUAAGUUCACCUGCUUAACAAACAGCUGACCGGCGCUGUGUGCCAAAAACACUGUAAAACAAAAGAGAGAUAGUCAGACAUGAUUAGUCACAGGCAAAUUAGUCAGCUAACUGCUAACUAGCCUAGCUUACUUUACUGCUCGUAGUCAUGGCCCUUAAAUAUUGAGGUCGGCACUUCAUUAGCCACUUAGCUAACCUGCUUACCUUUUCACGGCUCGGUAAGGAAUAAAUAAAGGGGGCUAUAGUAACAGUUAUCAUUCAAGCGUUUAUUUCUCCUUAUUAGCAGGUUUGUUGAUACGUUUAACUAAGUCCUAUAAGAGUGAUAUUUUUUAAAUUAAAGUAGAAGUCAAACUGCGAGUCUUUAAACUUAUUAAGAGGGCUGUCAGAAUAUAGAAAUUUCUUCUCACAGUUAUCGUCCAGUAAAUGAUUUUCAAGCUUUUAUUUUGAUUUCUAUUCUGUCUUGUGUUUGGGUCGCCAGAUUUUCUGCAUGGUCAAACUGUGCUUUUAUUUUGAAGUACACAACUUAAGGUAUAUUGGAAGUUAUGAACUCAUGGUUUUCCUGUGUGCUUAUUUUUAGCACAAUAUCAAGAUAUUAGAUUUUUUUGAGAGGACGGUUACCCCCAAUUUCCACCGCAUCCGGAACGGCUACAAAAAGGCUGUAUCCACAGAUCGUAGCUGAUCGCAACCAUUCAAGUUAAUGUGUCAAUUUCCACCAGCUUCUUUCCAUUCCGCUGCGGAUCUCUGGACGUGAUAUAUAUUUUUUAGAAUGGUAGGGGAAAGUCCCGCCUCUAAUUGGCUAGAAAAGCUGGAAACGUCAUCACACGCUCAAGCCAAACGCGGCCUGUCGGCUCUGUACAUCGAAAAGAACAUAAUUGCACUUCUGAAUCUCCUAACACUAAUCCUAAUCCUAACCCCAACCCUAACCUGACAGACGAUGACGUUUCACAGCCAUGAGGAAUAACCAAUUGGAGCCCAUCGCUUCUAGACAGUAUUUCACCCUGAUGACACCAUGGAUGAGGACAUGCUGAUUUUAGAAGUCUAGAAGUAGAUUUCCUCCUCUGGAAGGACACAAUCUACUGCUUAGCCUUGUGAGCUCCGUGGGUUCUUGUAAGUUCUCACGAUUCCUGCUCUCUGUAAUCCGCCACAAAAUUCACCUCACAAACGGAUCUGGUAGGAGUUGUUGUACAGCGAAAAUCGGCGCCGUUCUGGAUGCGGUGGAAUUCCCGGGUAAGCGUCAAUACCCGUGUGCUGUGACAGCUCUAGAGUAUUAAAGGAGUUUUUUGACGUUUAUAAAACAGACUAAAAUUCAUCUUGAAUCUAAAGUCAGCGGGAUAAGAUUUGUCUUAAAUAACUCAAGUUUAUCAGCUGACAAGCUUUGUGAAGACUGCUGUGUCCACAGGGGGCGCCAAAGUUGGCACAAAUUAACCAUGGUAGUGGUAGUAAACACUGCAGAGUCCCCAGGAACCACAUGCACAAAGACUACACUAGCUGUACAACCAACUCCCACUCAUGAUAUGAUCUCAUGAAUGCUAUUUCCCCACUUCCUCCACAUGUUUCUUGUCUCUCUAACGACUACAGCGUGUUUAUUUUCACACACAAGUUCAGUCUGUCACGAGAACUUGACGCUGUAGGCUUUUGUGGAAUUCACUGUGGUUCCCAUAUCCUCAUUUUGAAAGAAGUCAUCACACAGUUGAAGUGCAGAUUGUAAAUGUGUUUUUAAUACUUACAAACAAUAAAAAAAAGAAACUCUGGUACGAAGAAUUAAAAUGCAGGAAAGGUUGACACUGAGAAAUACAGAUAAAACCAAAAUUCCUGAAUAGGUACUGUAAACUUAUUCUGCUAAUUGAGCUGUUCAGUUUGAAUGUCGACUCAAUAUUGACUUUGUACUGAAUAAAAUUAAUUUAAUAGCCUUCAACUUCCAAAAAUCAGUCAAGCUUUGAUUAAACACCAGGUCAAUCACCAAAAUUAAGACCAUUAUGGUUCGAGUCUUGUGGUCCGGUAGCUCAUGCCACACAGCCUGCACCAUCGAGGCCAAGUCCUUUUGGCAGGAUCAGGCUUUGAACCCAACAUCUGUUGUCUUCUGGACGUCAUCCUCCCUUCGUCCCCAUUUCUCCUUAUCAUAUGUAAGGAAAUUGAUUCCUAUUAAAAGAGUCUUGAGGUCUCAGAAAGCGUGUUCACUGGUUAUGUUCACAGAACAUCAAACAGGUCAAUCAUGCAGUCACAGGUCCCGAGCGCAGGAAACAACCGGAUCCUCACAGAGUGGAGAUAUUCCCAGGAGAUCUCCACGAUCAGAACAAACACUCCAUCACCUACUGAGACUGAACCACGUUCAUGGGUGUCUCUUCUUCUGUGGGGGGCAGCGCUCUGUUGCUCUGUGACCUCCUUUAAAAAUAAAGGAAAAUAAAUAGAAACAAUAGAAGUGCUGUGUGACACCGUUCUAUAAGUACAAAUAUUAAAAUGUGCUGAUAGUUCCAGUUUACCUCUUAAAACACCAGACGCUUAAUCCGACCAAACCACAGAUGAUUGCCAGAGCAGCAAAGGUUACCCCGGCGGCUGUCCCACUGCUUUGUUCUGUCAAUAAAGAAAAAUAUCUUUAAUAAAAUGUCAAUUUGUAUUUUCCUGUUAUCUUCAUUGAUAAUGUGGAAAUUUGAGUUUACCAUUCAACACAUGGGUAUUAUGCGUGCUGUUGUUGGAAGGCCCAGCAGUGGUUGAGGUUGAUGUUGUCUUGCCCUCUGUUGUUCCUGUCCCAAACUCUACCGUCCCUGAGGAGAGAAACGAUGAUGAAUAUAAGGUUUUCAAAAGUCAGACAGUGUUUGGGGGUUUUCAACUGGAUCAAAUUCAUAAACAACUGGUUCCCACAGACAUCAGCAACAGAGAACCAGAUGAGACCAGUUUGGUUUCUGUUAACUCAUGCCCUCAGGGGACUUCAGGGAACUGCACGGGUCCAAAGUCCGCCUUAGUGAGCCGCUUUAAUAUAUGUGUCCAACUUACUCAUUAUAGAGGUUUCAAAAAAAAGAAAAAUGUAAAUGUUGAUAAAACACACCAGUACAGAUUAACUACCUUUACAGAGAAAAUACAAAAAGUAACUGAAAGAAAAAAAAGGUUUGAUUGUUCAGCUGUUGCUUGAACUGUUGUGGCAUUUUGAGUCGAGAUCACAAUUCAGCUUUUCAGAGAAGUAGACAAGUUUCAGUCUUGGUACGGACGGAUCUCAAUGCUGCAUUUGACGAACUAGAAAACUGGGAAGUGUUUUAUGGUACCUGGCUCUGAGUCAUUGACCGUACGUGAAUGUGACAUGUGGGGUUCCCCAAGGCUUUGUUCUGGGGACUUUUUGGGUCAACAUUUCCAUGUUUCCACAAACUCAUGUGAAACAAAAUCGUAGUAGUAUCAAUAGGGGGUCUGAGGUGCCAUAUAAGCAUCAUGUCAAUAGAAUGAAAAAGAAAACUAAAUUUUUGGAUUUUUUCUAUAUAACAAAUUUACGGAGCCCCUCUGGUGACUUUGGAGAUAAUUCAACUUAAGUAGCGGGAUCUGCCGGGGGGAUUUAGAGGAAGUUUGUUUGAUUCUUGCAGCUCUGGACCCUGACGCCUCAGCCGCCCACCUAUCCAGGACACUAAACCUCCCCUCAUUCAUUCAGCAUUACCAACACUGACAUGUCCGGCUUCACGUCAUCCUCUGUCCCUGUGCACUUGAGUCAAUGCAGGUGUCGAUCUGAGGGACUAAUCAAGUUUACUUUCACAGAGUUCGGUAAAGUUGAUAAGAUAUUCACAGAUUCAGACUUCUGGGAUCAAU